CUCGCCGACAACUUCCGGAAUAAGAAGCCUGAGAUUAUGGUUCCAGUCCCACAACUAUUGGUUUAGAGGUUAUUAAUAGGCCCACAACUCUUGUUGUGAAGAGAUUGAUCUUUGAGACAGUAACCUUGAGGUGGAAGUUGAAUCAUUCUCUUUCGGAGUAACAGCUUCAGAUGGAGCGCGGCAAAAGUAGCUUGCAAGGAGUUGGAGUUCCUAGCUUGCAAGGAGUUGGAGUUCCUAGCGGAGUUGUAGAUCAAGGAGUGAGUCAAGGAGCAGCUGCUGGUACUGCACUCCCUCCACUUCGAAAAAGGAAACUUAAUGCUAGUGGUAGUAGAAAAACUUCUACGGUUUGGGAAGAGUUUAACAUUUUACCGGAUGAGCCUGAACCUAUAGCCGCGUGUAAACACUGUCAUAAAAGGUACCGAUGUGACCCUAAAACACAUGGUACUUCUAACAUGCUAGCUCACUCGAAAGUGUGUUACAAAAACCCUGCCCUUUUGUUGAAAGACCCCAAUCAGACAAACCUUGUAAGCGGCGAGGGUGGGUUUUUAGUUCCAACUAGUCAAAGGUUUAAUGCUGCAACCUGUAGGAAGGCCAUUAAUACCUUUGUUAUCCUUGAUGAACAUUUCUUUAGAGUGGUUGAGGGUGUUGGUUUUAAGCAAAUGUGUAAACAAUUGCAACCCCAAAUGGCUAUCCCUACUAGGAGGACCGUUGCUAGGGAUUGUUUUCAGCUUUACCUAGCUGAAAAGUCACGUCUUAAAGCCUUUUUUAAAUCUGAUUGUGAUACCAUUGGCAUGAAAGUCGAGGACGUUUUGAGGGAAUGGGGGCUUAGGAAAGUGUCUACAAUUACCCUGGAUAACGCAACAGCAAAUGAUGUGGCUGUGAGUUAUUUGGAUAGAAGACUUAAGAGCAAGAAUGCUUUACUGGGUGUAGGUGAUUAUUUGCAUAUGAGGUGUGCUGCCCAUGUCUUGAACUUGGUAGUGAGAGAUGGUGAAAAAGAACAUGAAGGGUCUAUUGAAUCAGUUCGCACUGCUGUUAGGUUUGUAAGGUCUUCUCCACAAAGAGCUAUGAAGUUUAAGGAGUGUGUUGAACUUGCGGGCAUAACUUGUAAAAAAAAACUUUGUCUUGAUGUUUCUACAAGGUGGAAUUCCACUUACCUAAUGUUGGAUGCUGCUGAAAAGUUUGAAGCUGCAUUUGACAAUAUGAUUGAUGAGGAUCCUGGAUACAUCGAAUAUUUUGACCUCCUUACCGGUCCACCCGGUUCUCAGGAUUGGAAAAAAGUUAGGGCUUUUGUGGUUUUCUUACAAACCUUCUAUGAGGCAACCAAAGUAUUUUCAACUUCGCAAGAAGUGUUAAAUAUGAUAAGUAUUGGGGGGAUGUGGGAAAAGUGA